AUGGUAGUAAAGCAGCUGCAACCACCUACAUCUAGUAGCAAUGUCUCCACAGGAAGUGGCAAAAACGUUGCAGAAGAGCCGGAAAGCAACGCUCCAAUCGCUACCACUGAGAAAAGGAAAGAAGUGCGCACUGGUCGCCUGGAGACAACUCCACGGCAAGCUCCUAAAAUGGCGAGUUCUUCCGUUCGAAAAAGGCUUCUGGUGCCAAAUUAUCAGCUUGCCCCGGUGCAGAGUCCUCUUCUACUUCGAGUCAAUCCCCUGCAAAGUGCUGUAGUUGCUCAUAUUUCUGGCUCGCGACUGUCUACACCCCUAGAAGAGGUACAAGUGUGGAAAGCAGAGACGCGUCAAUCGGCACGAUACAGACUGGCACCAUCCGCUGAGAUGCCUCUGCUCUGUACUUUCGUCAUGCAACCCCAUGUCGCAAACGUCGCCGCACAUCAGCACAUCAUCAACGCGCCGGUGUUGAACGUGAUCGCGUUCUGCCUUCCACCGAAGCAAAAAGUCAAGAAAGAGCACAUCUCACGAAGACUUGGAUGCGCCCAUUUGAUGCUUGCGCCUCUGGGACCACUACAAGCCGAGAAACUUCGACCACUUUGGGAAACAGUCACAUUCACAAUAGCAUUUGGAAAACAUGUUGCUAUCGAGUACCGUAUACCAAAACUUGCAACUCUCAAGAAUGUCAUUUACUGGACGGCUCCGAAACCGCAUCCAAUUAUUUUAACAACAGUGGAGAAAAGCGAUCGAUAA